AUGUCUACUGAGCAUAUCUUUGAGAUUAGGCACCUUGAAAAUGUUGGAGAUAAGUUCAGUGUCAACUUGCAAGAUCAUAGUUAUACAUGUAGGAAGUGGCAGCUGACAGCCUUGCCAUGUGUGCAUGCAAUUUCUUCCAUGAAAAGCGGAAAUUUCAAGGUAGAGAGUUACAUACCAGAUAUGUACAAAAAAGGAAAAUAUCAGGAGGUAUACAACCAUGUCAUCUACCCUGUUAAUGACUCCAACCUCUGGGAAAGGACAGUCUAUAAUGAUGUGCAACCACCAGUUUUUAGAAAAAUGCCAGGAAAGCCAAAAAAGAAAAGGAAUUUGGAGCAAGGUGAAGUUGAUGGCACUGGUCGCAAACUAAGGAGGAAUGGACUACACAUUAAAUGCAGUAAGUGCAAAAAAAUUGGUCAUAACAAGCUUACUUGCAAGUAUCCACCAACUCAGUCUCAGGCUCAGGCUCAGGGAACUCAAGCUCAAUCUCAGACACAACUAACUUAG